AUGCCGCCUCUUAUUGAAGAAUCCUUAUGCAGGGAAUGCUUACCUUUGUUUGGGUUUGCUUUUAUCUAUAUGGAAGAUGAGAGAGAUGCUGAGUAUGCUAUUCGGGGACUGGAUCGGAAAGAAUUUGGUAGAAAAGGACGCAGGCUUCGUGUUGAAUGGACGAAGGUAGCAAAUCAUGAACGUGGUACUAGAAGACCGGGUGCUUCAAGAAGAUCUUCGACUAAUACAAGACCUUCAAAGACCUUGUUUGUUAUAAAUUUUGAUCCGUAUCACACUAGGACCAAGGAUUUGGAGAGGCACUUUGAUCCAUAUGGGAAAAUUGUGAGUGUUAGGAUCAGAAGAAAUUUCGCAUUUGUUCAGUAUGAGUCACAAGAAGAUGCUACUAGGGCAUUGGAAGCUACGAACAUGAGCAAGCUGAUGGAUCGAGUUAUAUCAGUGGAGUAUGCAGUUCGUGAUGAUGAUGAAAGAAGAGACGGCUUUAGUCCUGAUAGGAGAAGUCGUGAUAGAUCACUAGACAGAGGCCGUGAUAGAAGAAGAUCCCCAAGUCCCUACAAAAGAGAGAGGGGUAGCCCUGAUUAUGGCCGUGGCCCUAGCCCUGGUCCCUACCGGAGAGAGAGGGGUAGUCCUGAUUAUGGCCGUGGCCCAAGUCCUUAUCGAAGGGAGAGAGUAAGUCCAGACUAUGGCCGAGGCCGCAGCCCAAGUCCCUAUCGAAGGGAGAGAUCUGAUCAUGGCCGGAUCACUAGUCGUAGUCCCCGGAAAGAGAGGGUGAGUGCAGACCGUAUCCGUGAUCGUACCCGUAGCCGUAGUCCUUAUGGAAGAGAGAGGCCUGGGGCUGACAAUGGCCAUGCUCCCAUCCGUAGUCCAUAUAAGAGAGAUAGGGACAGUCCUGAAAAUGGUGCCAUCGAGAGUCCAUAUAAGAGAGAUAGGGGCAGUCCUGAAAAUGGCGCCAUCCAGAGUCCGUAUAAGAGAGAUAGGAGUAGUCCUGAAAAUGGUCGGGGCCCCAGCAGCAGUCCUUAUGAAAGAGAGAGGGUCAGCCCUGAACAUGGUCGCGGUCCAAGCCCCAAUUCUGUGCCUGAAGCUAGGGGGGACAGCCCUAACUAUGGUGGGCCUGAAAGCCCCAUGCAGGAGAGAUAUAGCAGCCGUUCACCACAAGCUGAGGAAUGA